AUGGGGGAUGUUGAGGAAUAUUUGGAGUCUGCGGCUCCUACAAUUGAGACUGCCAUCGACAAAAUUUUCACCCGCCUUAAGGUCAUCGCCGUAGAUGUGGAGAAGGUGCUGCGGGCCAAGGAGCUGCUGACCAGCCUGCAGCGUCGCGAGACGUUCUUCCACCUGCUGGGUCACGACGACGAUGGCAGCAUUAACUACAAUAUCAACGAAUUGAAACUCAUGGAGUCCAGGUUCUCGUAUCCGUCCAUAUCGAGCGGGGAUGAAGAGCUUGGUGGCGAGGAGCUGAGCGAGGAUCUGUGUGGCGUCUGGCAGUGCCAAGAGGAGAAUCGCUGGCAUAGCUACUUUUCCGGCUUCCAGGUACUGAGCUCGCGCCAUGGUCCCGAUUCCAACGAUAAUCGCAAGUGCAUCCAGCUGUCUAAAAUGCUUGGGUGCGAUCAGGAACUCAAGACCUUUCUCCGCAAUGGCGUUCGGUGCUUUGCCCUAGAUCUCUUCGUGGGCACCCAGAGCUCCAAUCAGUCACUGGUCGUGCAGCUGCGCGAAGCAGAGAUCAGCGUGUCCAAGGAGUACGGCUUCCCAGUCGUAUCCACCAUUUUGGUGAAGCUCUCGCCGCGCUUUCAGUACUCGGGCUACCUCAACCCACAACAGUAUAAGGGCGACAACAGCUGUGUGGAGCUGAAGAAAGGGAACAAGCUGACACUGACUGUCGACCGGAAGUUCUCCGACUGUUCCUCGUCGUUGAUGUUAUAUGUGAACGCCCGCUUCCUGCUGGGAGAUAUCGUGGAGUAUGACUUCAUCCUUAUCGGCAAUGAGAUCCAGUUGGUGGUGCACAGCGUGCAUCCAGAUCAUCUGAACUGCUGUGUAGCCCGUGGAGGAAUGCUUGAGUCAUAUAUGCCCGUUUUGUUCCCAAAACGCUGCUCCAAGUUUCGGGUAUCAUACGAGGAACUGGAGGAUCUUACAUUUGCCCGCGAGGUAGGAGUCAAUGUGGUAGUUUCCAACAUCGUUGGCACCGCCAAGUACCUCGAUAAUCUGGAAAAAUGCAUGGCUAUAAUGCAGUGCGAGAAUCUGCGUAUCUAUGCCCGGUUGGUGCUCAACGAGGUCAAGGGAUGCGAUGGCGAAAUAAACUGGGCUACCAAGCGGUAUGAUGGCUUCCUUGUGGAACUUGCCGAGCCCGAAAUAGUUCCCGAUGUCAUGCAACUGUGUCCAGAUGCCGAGUGCUUCUUGCAGUUGGUAUACGCGGCCAAGAAGCCGAUCAUCUUCGAUCCCGAGUUGAUCUAUGAGAAGAAGAUUCGCAUUGACCCCGCCCACUACUUCUACACAUUUUACUAUCCGGACAAGUACCUGGUCAAAGGCCACAAGACAGAGCAGUCAUUCUACUUCAGUUUUCUGCAGAACGCCAUCUUCGAGAAGAUCCCGCCCGAGGCGCUUUCCAAGGUUCCCUACUGCGAUAGAUCGCAUACUGGCGCUGAUGGCUUGGCCCGGGCUGUGGUCAGUGCCGCCAUGGAAGUGCAUGCUGUGGCAAUUGUUGUCAUCGGUGUGACGACGCGCAUGGUACAGAAGAUUGCCCACUUCCGCCCAGAGGCACCCAUCAUCUUUGUCAGCCACAUGCGCUCUGCGGAGGACUACGUGUCGCUAUAUUACAACGUGACCAUGCUCUCGUUCCGCACCAAAAAAUUCCACACGCACCGUCAAAACAUUUUCCGCAAGGGCGUUUAUGCCUUGGCCUAUUUGGCCAAACGUAAGAUCGCCCGGCAGCAUGACCAUGUCAUCUUGGUGUACAGCAACGAAGAGGGAACCACCUUUCCCGAAAAGUAUAUUCUCUAUAAAUUUGACAAAUCUCACUUUUCCGAGCACAUGUCCGCCUGCAUGUUCUCCACGAAGCAAGCUCAGCAAGAUUCCAAUGAGGAUGCGGAUGUCGAAAACUAAGAGCAGUUAAAUUUAUAUAAUUUAUUUGUUCUGGUAAAUAAUCGGAAUGUGUUAAGGUGUUUGGCUUAGAAUAUAUGAAACAGAUAUAGA